UGGUCUAAUUAUUAACAUUUGACAUUUCCAUGAUACACAACCAACACAACUUGUAUCAUGGACAUUUCUAUGAUUUGACACGUGUGGUAGUUAUCCGAACACGAAGCAAAUACGCAGCAAUUCGAAGGCCAUUGGCUAUUACUGAUUAAGUGAUUACUAUACCAGCGAAAACCACCGUGAUCCGAAGGCUCGAGUUUAAUUGAUACGGUUAUUCGUAAGAUAUAACUGGUUAUUCACUAUUUCAUUGGUCCUUUUUUGUGGCAGUAGCACACGAUGUUCACAUAUUAAUGAAUGUAUUAAUGUAAAUGUCUCCAACUCUCCACAAAAAAAUGGAGGAUAAAUUAUUUACAUUCCAUUAAUUAGUAAUUUAAUUAUAAUUUGGUACAAAAGCAUGAAAAAGCAAGUGGGGAGUGCGUGUUUGGUUCUAGUUGGUUAGGAGACGUCCAAUGUGAGUGCAGAAGACAUAAACAUAACUUAAAUUUAAAGUUUAAAAAAGUGGUUCAAGUUGGUUCAAGCAUGAUAAGCCAUUUCCAAAGAUGAAAGUAUUAAGUUGUCAUUCGAGUGUUUUCUACAUUUUAAUAAAGCCUGCCCUGAAACAAAUAUCAACCAUGGUCUACAUGUCCAUUCGAAACAUUUCAUCCACAGAAAUUACGAAAAAUAUAACAAUUCUUUCCAGUAAAAAGAAGGAGGCAAAAGUUUUAAAUUUCAAAUUAGAAAGACCGGAGAAUAAGCCUCUAGUGGUGAUGUUGUCAUGGUUGUUGGCCAAACAGAAGCACAUUUAUAAAUAUGCAGAUUUUUAUAUAAAUCGCGGAUUCGACGUGAUGAACAUUAAUAUUACUCCCUGGCAAAUGCUUUGGCCUCUUAGAGGGACGCAGGUGGUGGCGUCAGAUAUUUUAAAAUUUUUGGAAAGCAAUAAAUCAUAUUCACCAAUAGUUAUCCAUGGCUUUUCAAUUGGUGGUUACCUUUGGUCUGAGGCUUUAGUGCAAAUAGCAGCUGAAGAACAUCGUUACAGUGAUAUCAUGGACCGAAUUGUGGGGCAAGUUUGGGAUAGCUUGGCUGAUAUUACUGAGAUUCCAGAGGGCUUUCCAUUUGCAAUUUUUCCUCGUAAUAAAAUGUUACAAUCAACGUUGAGGCAAUAUAUAAUAUAUCAUUUGAAAACAUUUGAUAAGGUGGCAACCUGUCAUUACAUUCGAGCUAGUCAGAUGUUUCACACAAACAUAAUUAAAGCACCAGCCUUAAUGUUUGUAAGUAAAUCAGAUCCCGUUGGAUCUGAAAAAUCUAAUUUAAGGGUGAUGGAAAAUUGGAUAAAAUCGGGAAUUUCGGUACAGUGGAAAUGCUGGGACACAUCACCACAUGUAGGACAUUUUCAUCGCUACCCAGAUGAAUAUAUAGAAGAGCUAAAUAAAUUUCUUGACGGUAUUGGCCUGCCAUGGAAGGAAAAUAUACGAUCAUCGUUACAGGCAAAGCUGUAGGUUCUACACAAAAGAAAUGCAAUUUCUCUUUGGUGUUUUUAGACUAUUUUUAACAUGUUUCCAAAUAUAAUAAAAACAAAAUAUUUACCGUU